AUGGGCAAACGAGGCGGCAGAAAGGGAAACCGUGGCGGCAAAGGUGGCGGCGGCCACCGCGCAGAGCGCUCCACCAAUUGGUCUGAGAUCAGCCGUACCAACGAGAAGCUUGAGAGAUACUACAAUGAGCCCGAAUUCAUUCCGGAGGAGGAGAAGGAGGAGUUCUGGAACGCUAUCAAGAGAGAUCUGCCCAACAGCUUCCGCUUCACUGGCUCGCGUGGUCAUGCGCUUGCUGUCCAGGAGCGCCUGAAGAACUUCUAUGUCCCCGAAAUUACCUCCAUUGAGUACGAGGGCCAGCCGGUCGAGCCGCCCAAGCCCGUGUCCUGGUACCCUGACCAGCUUGCUUGGUCGAUGACCACUCCCAAGCAGGUUAUUCGUCGCCAUGCGCCUUUCGCUUCUUUCCAAAAGUUCCUCGUUGCCGAGACCGAAGUCGGAAACAUCAGUCGCCAGGAGCUGGUCAGCAUGAUUCCUCCUCUCCUCAUCGAUAUUCGCCCUGGAAUGACCGUUCUGGAUAUGUGCGCUGCCCCGGGAAGCAAGUCUGCACAGCUUAUGGAGGCUCUCCAUGCCGGCGAAGAGGAUACUAUUCUGGAGGCCGCUAAGCAGGUCAAGGACGGCAAUGCUGGGCCGGAGCCGCUUGGCCCCGAGGGCUUGAACGAUGAUGGUCGUACUACUGGUCUGUUGAUCGCCAACGACAGUGACUACAAGCGCGCGCAUCUCUUGAUUCACCAGAUGAAGCGUCUGAGCUCGCCCAACCUUAUCGUGACGAACCACGAUGCUACUAUGUACCCAUCUAUCAAGCUUCCUCCUCUCCCCGUUCCCGAGGGCGCGCGCCCUCUUAACCGAUACCUGAAGUUCGAUCGCAUUCUUGCCGAUGUGCCUUGCUCUGGCGACGGUACUGCUCGCAAGAACAUUGGCGUGUGGAAGGAUUGGAGCCCGACCAGUGCUCUGGGUCUGCACACCACCCAGGCUCGCAUUCUGGUUCGCGCUUUGCAGAUGCUCAAGGUUGGUGGACGUGUUGUCUACUCUACUUGCAGUAUGAAUCCUGUUGAGAACGAGGCUGUCAUUGCUAGCGCAAUUGAGCGCUGCGGUGGUGCUGCCAAUGUGAAGAUCAUUGACUGCAGCGAGGAGCUGACCGGUCUGAAGCGUCGGCCUGGCCUGAAGAGCUGGAAGGUGAUGGACCGCGAGGGCCGCAUCUGGUCCAACUGGCAGGACGUUAAGGAGCAGAGAGAGCAGGAGUCUACCAGCAACGGCCUCGCCCGCCUGGCUGAGGGCAUGUUCCCUCCUACCGGAGAGACUGCCAACCUGCCACUCGAGCGCUGCAUGCGUGUUUACCCUCACCUCCAGGAUACUGGUGGUUUCUUCAUUACUGUCCUUGAGAAGACCUCCGAGAUCAAGGCCAAGCCUGAGAACUCGGCCAGCGUUAUUCCGCUCCUAUCAAAGGGAACCGUUGCAGCUCUUGCUGCCGAGCUUGACUCGCGCAACAACGAGAACGGCGAGCCUUACCAGAAGUUGGACUCUCUGGACGACCUUGUCCCUGCUGAUGCGGAGGUCGAGGCUGAGAUUGCUAAGAACGCAACGGUCGCAGAGGCUUCCAACCAGCCCCCGUACUCGGUGACUCUUGACGCUUCAGAGCCAGCCUCGCCCGCUAAGCGCGAAGGUGAUGACCUGGAUGAGGAGCUUCCUGCUAAGAGGACCAAGCUUGAUAAUGGCAGUGAGGUUCUGGUCGGCGAUCGUCCGAUCCACCGUCCUGCACCGACAGUUGAAGUCGAAAGCAUUCAAACUUCGACUGAUGUUACCCCCGCACCCACUGGUCCAGGCCCAGUGACCCAGGGCUUCAAGAAGAAGGCUGUUCAAGAAGAGCCGUACAAGUAUCUGGACCCCAACCACCCAGAGCUGGUGCCAGUUUACGACUUCUUUGAGCUCUCAGAACGCUUCCCUCGUGACCGAUGGAUGGUUCGUAAUGCUGAGGGCCAGCCCACGCGAACUGUUUACUACACCAGCGCUCUGGCUCGGGACAUUCUUGUCAUGAACGAGCGCUCCGGCAUGAAGUUCGUCCACUGCGGUGUUAAGAUGUUCGUGAAGCAGGAUGCUCAGCGGGAGAACGUCUGCCGCUGGCGUAUCCAGACCGAUGGUCUGAAGAUCAUCGAGCCUUGGCUGGGUGAUGUCCGUACCGUCACCUUGACCCAGCGGGAGACCCUGCGUCGUUUGCUCAUUGAGAUGUUCCCGAAGGUCAAUGACAAUGGCUGGAAGCAGCUCGAUGAGAUUGGUGAGCGCGUGAAGGAUAUUCCCAUGGGCUGCAGUAUCUUGCGCAUCGAGCCCAGUGGCAAGGAUGAUGGCCUUACCGAGCGCAUGGUCCUGCCCCUCUGGCGUUCUCUGCACUCUAUCAACCUCAUGCUUCCCAAGGAAGAGCGCCGCGCCAUGCUCCUCCGUAUCUUCAACGACUCCACGCCCGUCAACAACAACUCUAUGAAGAACCAGAAGGCCUCGCAAAGACAGGCUGAGCCUGUCGUCGAGGACGUCGAUGUUAUCGAUCCUCCUGCGGCGAUCGAGGAAGAUGCUCUGAAGAAGGAGAAUCUUGCUCUGGGUCAAGACGAGCAAGAACAGGUGGAUACGCGGGAGACCUAUACCAAGGCCGGCGAUGAGGAGGACCGAUUCAACUCAGCUGUCUAG